AGGCCCGAGGUGGGCGCGCGGGGCAGCCCGCGGCCCGCAGGGAGCGCGCAAGCCGGCGCCAGGGCCCAGCCUGGUGUCCAGACAGGUGAUCGGCGGAGCGGCCGCGGCUCUGGCCUCGCUCCGGGGUCCCUCCCGGAGCUGAUGCCCGCAAAUAUGCGGAAUUGCCGGCCAGGUCGCUCCUAAAGCCAGCGCCGGGGAUCCAGCGCGGCGGCGGCCAGGACGGGAACGCACCAAGGAAGAAGCCCAGCCCCCGCCCUCCGCCCCUUCCGUCCCCACCCCCUACCCGGCGGCCCAGGAGGCUCCCGGCGCGGCGGGCGCGCACUCCCCAGCCUCCUCCUCCUCGCGGGCGCAGCACUCGCAGCUCGCGCCGGGCGCGCUCCGCCGGCUCCCUCUCCGCGCCGCCCUCCUCCGGGCCGCGCUCCCUGAGGGAUGGUACUGAAUUUCGCCGCCACAGGAGCCCGGCUGGAGCACCCGCCCCGCGGCCUCGCCUCCCCGCCGAGCCUCCAGCGCCUCGGGACGCGAUGAGGACCUGGGCUUGCUUGCUGCUCCUCGCCUGCGGAUACCUCACCCAUGCCCUGGCCGAGGAAGCCGAGAUCCCCCGCGAGCUGAUCGAGCGGCUGGCUCGCAGUCAGAUCCACAGCAUCCGGGACCUCCAGCGACUCCUUGAGAUAGACUCCGUAGGAACUGAGGAUGCCUUGGAGACCAGCCUGAGAUCCCGUGGGCCCCAUGCCACCAAGCAUGCUCCCGAGAAGCGACCUGUGCCCAUUCGGAGGAAGAGGAGCAUUGAGGAAGCCAUUCCCGCGGUCUGUAAGACCAGGACAGUCAUUUAUGAGAUACCUCGGAGCCAGGUGGACCCCACGUCUGCCAACUUCCUGAUCUGGCCGCCAUGUGUGGAGGUGAAGCGCUGCACCGGCUGCUGCAACACCAGCAGUGUCAAGUGCCAGCCCUCGAGGGUCCACCACCGGAGUGUCAAGGUGGCCAAAGUGGAGUAUGUCAGGAAGAAGCCAAAGUUGAAAGAGGUCCAGGUGAGGUUAGAGGAACACCUGGAGUGUGCGUGCGCGACCUCCAGCCUGAAUCCAGACCAUCGGGAAGAGGAGACGGGAAGGCGUAGGGAGUCAGGUAAAAAACGGAAAAGAAAAAGGUUAAAACCCACCUAGAGCUGCCAACCAGAUGUGAGGUGAGGAUAACCCAGCAGCCCUCUCCUGGGACAUGGAUGUACAUGGCGUGUUACAUUCCUGAACCUACUAUGUACGGUGCUUUAUUGCCAGCGUGUGGUCUUUGUUCUCCUCCGUGAAAACUGUGUCCAAGAGCACCCUGGAGAACAAAGCGACAGUGUGCAUUUGUUCAGUGUGACAUCAAAGCACGUAUUGUAGCACUCCGAGAGACAGCAGAAGCCUCCUUGUCAGUGAGAGAGAAAACAAA